AUGUCAUGGCUGAAAAAGCACAAUCCCCAAAUUUUGUGGGAAAAGCAUACCCUUGUCUUUAACUCACUAUACUGUUCCAAUAAUUGUUUAUUGGUACCUGCUGUCUUGGAACUUAAGGCAACAGAAGAAACCCCUACUCCCUAUCAGGAAUUUUCCAGGGUCUUUUCUGAGGAGGAAUCAUCCAAAUUGCCGCCUCAUUGUCCUUAUGAUAUUGCUAUUGAGUUGCUCCCUGACGCAAAACCCCGGCAUGGCACCUAUCUUCCCCACGCCGUAUUCAUUAUUCCCUCCACACGCUCUGGCGUCCCUCAUCCCUACUCCCGUCCUACCAGCCGUUCCAGUCAACGUUCCGUGGCAGCCCGCUCCCAACCACCCUCUCGCGGCCCAUCACCCCCUCCGCAACACCUGCCCGGAAUGGAACCGGAGCCAACCCUUGCCUCUCUCCUCAAGGCUAUCCAAACCCUCACCAGCCAAGUUGGGUCCCUACAGGCCCAAAUCCACACUCAAGGCCAACAGCUCUCUGAGCUCAAAGCCAUAUGUAAGGAGACCAACAACCUCGUUGGAGACAAGGAUCAGGGCGGAGCCCAAGCCAAGCCUGGCCCAUCGACUGGGCCUAUCACUCCCCCCACACAUACAGGGGGAGAAGCGCACACUCCAGGAAUGGUUAGGCCUGGACUCAAGGCCCCUUUCCGCCCAUCAAGAGGAAUGGGCUUUGACUCAGAAGAAGAGGAAGAACCCAGGCGAGUCCCCAAAAGGGAGCCUUGCGACACGCCUAAGCGGAGCCUCAGCUCCCUCACCCCAUUUGAUUCAGGGUCCAGCGUAAAGCGGCCCAAAAUGGAGCUCCCCGACCCAUACAAGGGGGACUCUAGGGGAAGAAAGGCAACACAGUGGCUAGACCGCAUGCUACUGUGGGUCGCGCUUCAUUGA